CCUCCUCUGUUUGCCAACAAAGCUUUCCUGCUAUCCUUUUCUUUUCAGCCAUGGCUUUAUCUUCCUGGCUCUCUCGCCUGCGUUCUUCUUCGAAACCCAUAUAUUCCAAUUUAAAAAACUCAUUAGUGCAUAAGCAGAACACCCGUCUAGCAAGAACUCUCAUCGCGGGCUCAGAAAACGGGGAAAAACCAUUUCAAUCCUCAUGGCUUGUCAUGGCAGCGGCUGCCUCUGUUGCUUCAAUUGCUUUGCAAUUACGGAACAACGACGGCUCAUCAUUUUGUGAUGCCCCAAAUAUUAAUCAAAUAGGUAAGAGCAUUGGUGGCAAUGGCAGUACUGAUUAUCUGGUCAAAGGUACACAUACAAAAGUUCCACAAGGGCUUAUUGAGGAAUUAAAGGUCAUCUGUGAGGAUAACAUGACAGUGGACUACGAUGAUAGAUACUCUUAUGGAAAGCCGCAGAAUAGCUUUCAUAAAACGGUGAACAUCCCUGACGUGGUUGUUUUUCCAAGGUCUCAAGACGAGGUGUCCAAGAUAGUGAAAUCUUGUAAUAAGCACAAGGUCCCUAUUAUACCCUUUGCCGGAGCUACAUCACUUGAGGGCCACACGUUAUCCCCUAAUGGUGGUGUUUGUAUUGACAUGUCACAAAUGAAAAACAUCAAAUCAUUAAAUCUUGAUGAUAUGGAUGUGGUUGUUGAACCUGGGAUUGGGUGGAUGGAACUUAAUGAAUACCUGGAGCCUUAUGGUCUGUUCUUUCCUCUUGAUCCAGGUCCUGGAGCAACAAUAGGGGGAAUGUGCGCUACACGUUGUUCGGGUUCUUUAGCUGUCAGGUAUGGAACUAUGCGCGAUAAUGUCAUCAAUCUCAAGGUUGUUCUAGCCAAUGGAGACAUCAUCAAGACUGGUUCACGUGCAAGGAAAAGUGCUGCUGGGUAUGAUUUGACACGUCUGAUGAUUGGAAGUGAAGGAACAUUGGGUGUUAUCACUGAAGUUACUCUACGCUUGCAAAAGAUUCCACAACACUCAGUGGUUGCAAUGUGUAACUUUCCUACAAUUAAAGAUGCAGCAGAUGUUGCUAUAGCCACUAUGCUGUCUGGCAUACAGGUUUCAAGGGUGGAGCUUAUGGAUGAAGUUCAAGUGAGGGCGAUUAAUCUUGCUAAUACAAAAAAUUUACCUGAAGUUCCGACUAUGAUGUUUGAAUUUAUUGGCACAGAAGCAUAUGCCCGUGAACAAACACUUAUAGUUCAGAAGAUAGCUUCAGAGCACAAUGGCUCUGAUUUUGUGUUUGCAGAAGAUCCUGAAGCGAAAAAGGAACUUUGGAAGCUAAGAAAGGAGGCACUUUGGGCGUGCUUUGCAAUGGUACCAAAUUCUGAAGCAAUGAUAACGGAUGUGUGUGUUCCGCUAUCACGCCUUGCAGAAUUAAUAUCAAGAUCCAAGCAAGAGCUGGGUUCUUCAUCUUUAGUAUGCACCGUCGUUGCUCAUGCUGGUGAUGGAAACUUCCACACUUUUAUUCUAUUUGAUCCCAACCAAGAGGAACAAAGGAAGGAAGCUGAGAGAUUAAACCACUUCAUGGUGCAUACAGCUUUAGCCAUGGAAGGAACAUGCACGGGAGAACAUGGCGUCGGCACAGGGAAAAUGAAGUAUCUUGAGGAAGAACUAGGAAUCGAGAAUUUGAGGACAAUGGAAAGGAUAAAAGAUGCUUUAGAUCCUAACAACAUCAUGAAUCCAGGAAAGCUCAUCCCACCCCAUGUGUGUCUCUAAGUAGACUUGUACUGUACGUAUUGACGCUACAACCGAUCUUUUACUCUCUAUUUACAAGUAGUCGAGUUACUGAAGAUUCUCCGAACAUUAUAUGGCAUAACCUUGUAGUUUGCGCGUGAAUUACAUAAUAGAAAACUGUUUUAUUUGGCGGCAUGUAUUCUUCUUGACAUCUGUUUAAUGUAUACUUUUGAAACACGUUUGUUUUGUCAUGAAAAUUACAACAUCAGCCGGAAGAAUUACGUUUGUGUAAA